AUGCUGGGCACCCCGCUGCCAUACACUGUGCCAGUCUAUAACACCCGCUUGUUGGCCACGCGGACAAGUACAGCAGUGCCGCAGCGCGCGAGCGGACGCAUGCAAGCACGCCAUGCCACCACAGAGGAGCUAGCAGCUACCGACACAGACACGGACGUGCGGCAAGCGUUUCUGGAGUACAGAUACAGGGCGGCUGCGCCGGGCGGCAGCUUACUCAUCAGGCCCAUCACGGAGAAGCAGAUGCAGGACACCACCGAGCUCCUCACGCUCUCUUUCUCUGAAGCCAUGGGCUACAUGAAUGUCUACAGGACAUUCCUGAGGAGGCACAUCCAGCAGUAUCUGCAGCAGCAUGCGCACCUGCCGCCAAAGACAGUGGUGCUGGUGGCUCUGCUGAGCCCCUCAGGCCAGCUCACACUCAGUUCGGACACUCAACAGUCCAACAGCGGCGCUCUCCAGCGCCUGAACAGGACAGGGGGGGCGCAGUUCAUGUCCCUUGCUGACACGGCGGCUGAGAAGGAGCGAGCGAGCGUGCAUACCAACAUUGAAGAGCUCAUGCAGCGGCUGACUGCUGCGCGGCUGCCAGGGAACGAUGCAGACAGCCUGCCACCGUGCGAGGAUGCAGCUGAGCAAGACAGGGAUCGAGCGGGCUCAGGUGCGGAGGCAUCCUCCUCAGAGGAGGGAACUCUGGUGGGGACCGUGGAAGUGUCGGUGGCGGCCUCCACGCGCACUCGCUUCCUUACUCUGAAUGCUCCCGAGGAGUGCGCGUAUGUGUGCAAUAUGGCAGUGAACCCAGAGUACCGGCGAAGGGGCUAUGGGCUGCUGCUGCUGGAAGCUGCAGAGGAGAUUGCUCGGCUGGGAGGCCAGCGCGAUCUGUACCUGCACUUGAGGUUCCAGGACAAGCCAGCGCAGGCUUUGUACCAGCGAGCAGGCUAUAGCGUGUGCAAGCAGGACAACUUCCUGGUAUUGUUGUUGGGCCAGGACAGGCGAUACCUGAUGCACAAGCGGCUGACUCCAGGCCUCACGCCAGGAUCCGCUUGA